UAUGUCAUGCUGAAGUUUCACUUUUCAGUCUUGGUUUUCAAUUUCGUGUUUUUGUGAAAAAAAGCUCAAUAGGCGGAUGAUGAAAGCAAAAAACCUUUUAGUUAACAAACGUUCGCUUGUCGCGAGUCCGUAAGUGGAAACAGGACUGUGUCUAAACAUGUCUUCCUCGGAGGUAGAAAGUCGAAAUAUAACAAUACAAAUGCGAAAAUCUGUGGAAAACCUGGUUCUAUCUUCACAAGAUGCAAUAGGGCAGAGUAUAAGUCAAGCUCUGAACUUUUCUGGAGUGAUAUCGCAGCACACGUCCCAACUCAUACAGGACAGCAAAAACGUGUCCCGCGCGCCGUCGCCCUCCCCUCGCAACUUUGAAAGCGCCACAGAAACUCUGGACAAUGACAAGACCAGCGACUCCUCCCUCAACUUGCCGAGCCUCACAGGUGGAGAUAAUAUCUCUGUCUCAAGCAAUGAGGCGGUCACCGUUAUCAGUUCGCCCUCACUCAAAACUGACAACUCCAAGACGUCGACGCCGAAUCCUCGCGGCCCCGAUGCCACCAGGACCAAGAAGAAGAGCUGGUACAACUCUCUGUACCCCACAUACAAGAACAAGCUGGACGACUUCAAGAGACUGUUCAAGGACUUGCCCGACGACGAGAGACUUAUUGUGGACUACUCGUGCGCGCUACAGAAGGACAUCCUGGCGCAGGGGCGGCUGUACGCGUCGCAGAACUACCUGUGCUUCUACGCGUACAUCCUGGGCUGGGAGACCAGCCUCACUCUGCGGUGGAAGGACGUCACCGCCAUCACCAAGGAGAAGACUGCUCUCGUCAUACCCAAUGCCAUCCUGGUGUGCACGGACAAGGACAAGCACUUCCUCACGUCCAUCUCCAGCAGGGACAAGGCCUACCUGAUGCUGUUCCGGAUCUGGCAGAACGCGCUCAUGGACCAGCCGCUCACCAGCCACAAGAUCUGGCAGUGGGUGCACAGCUGCUACGGCGAGGAGCUGGGCUUCAACUCCGACGAGGAGUACAUGAGGGAGGGCGCCGACGACGCGGCUGCACCGUCCGACCUUGCCGAUAAGGAGUUGUUGGACUCGUCUUCCAUGGACGCGAGCGGAGGCGGAGACGGCAGAGGAGACAACAAGAGCAGCAGGUCGGCGUCGCGCGGACGGGACUCCUCACCGCCGCUGGUGACGAACGGGGACGCGGAGGAGAGGGACGAGGGGGACGCCCUCCCCACGGACAUGUCGGACACCAGCGAGAGCGAGCCCGACAAACCCAACAACGGCGCGGAAAUGGAACAGUGCACGGACCCCCAUGACGGUAAGCUGAUCCUGAGCGGCAAGUUCCCUUUUAACAUCGACACGCUCUUCACCAUGAUCUUCACAAACUCCAAGUUUCAACUGGAGCUACUCGCCGAGAGAGGGACGUCGGACUACGUCGAGUCUCCGUGGCAAGUGCAAAAUGGGCGUAAGUUCCGACAGACCAGCUACAAGCUGAGCCUGUCCACCGGACCCAUCGGGCCCAAGGAGGUGCAGGUCACGGAGACCCAGGUGAUGAACAAGUGCUCGAAGCCGGGCGUGGUGUACUCCAUCGAGUGCCAGAGCGAGAACUCCGGCAUCCCGUACGCCGACCACGUGACGGUGAUUGUGCACUACUGCCUGCGCCGCGCCGCCGACUGCGCCACGCACCUCGCGCUCUACGCAACGCUGCGCUACCGCCGCUCCAUGUGGCCCCUCGUCAAGGCGGUCAUGGAGAAGAGCACCAUGGCGGGCCUGGACGAAUUUAGUAGGCUGCUCGAGGCGCGACUCAACGCUGAGGCGGAGAACGCGGCCCCCGCCACCAGGAAGGCCAGGAGACACCGGCGGGCCACCGGGAGCUAUGCAGUAUCGGUUCCCCCCGCAUUAUCGGUCCCCCCUCGGGCGCCGUCUCCUCCCCGCGCCCCGCCUGCCCCCCGCUGGCCACUGGUGGCCCUGCUGCUGCUGCUGCUCCUCAAUGCAUUGCUGUACUGGAGACUCUACCACACCGAUACUACACAAACCAUCGGCGUUCAUCACUUCCAAGACAGAGCGGAGGGGGCAGCGGAGCGCCAGGCGGCGGCGCAGCGCCACCAGCUGCGGGCCUGGGCGCGCGCGCUGCACCGCGCCGCACACUCUCUCGCGCAGACCGAGCAAGCCCUGAUGAAGGUUUUGGAAACUAUCAAGCCCACUCUAGAAAAGGUGCGGCAGGAGUCACAAGACAAAACCGAACUUUAAAAGCGACGAGAAUGAAAUUAGGUAACAAAUGGAUUCAACAAGUGUGUCUGUCCUGCUCUGUGGGGGUGACUGGCGCUACCGCGUUCUGCCGCGAACUGCCGCCAUCCGUGUGUUGGUGCUGUGCCAUCACUAAUAGAACUGCUCUUGUCGCUUCAAGAUAUACUUUCCACAUAACCAGUAUGAUAUGAGUUAUAUAUUAUUAUUUUUCUGUUGAUUGCACAAUCCACACAAUAAUUAGUACUACGGCCAAUUUAUUAGAAACAUCUACCGGACAACAUAGAGAGUAUACGACUAUAAACACAAGCAGGAUUGACAUCAGGUGGUAUC